AGGGAGGGUCAGGUGGGUGUGGCCAUGUGUGCCACCUAUAUAACCUGGCAUCACCAGUUUGGGGACAUCACAUCUUGGCUUACCACUGAUCAACAUGAAGUACCUCGUUCUCGUCCUCCUGGGUCUGGCCGCCCUGGUCGCCGCCCGCCCCGACAAUGUCUUCGAUCUGGACGACUUGCACCACGACCAAGACAUCGACGACGACAACACCUACACCGGCACCUACAGGUUCAUGACUCCCGAAGGCGUUGAAUACUUCGUCAGGUACGUCGCUGACGACGAUGGCUUCCGUGUCCUUGAGUCUAACGCCGUCCCCGCCAGCGACGCCGGUGUGAAGGCCGACGGUAACCAGGGAUCCUUCACGUCCUCUGAGGAACUCCACGACAGGAAGUAAAUGUCCUCCGUGAGAACCUGACCACAUAACGUGAAGAGCUCGACCCCACCAGGGUUCACCAGGACCUUGUGGCUGACGUUCUCUACACGAUGUUGCUGACACUCCUGACCCACAUGAAUCUAACUAAUUUAUUCGUAUAUAUUGUAAAUUUUCUUUAAAUUAAAGGAAUAUUUUAUA